GCUAGGGUUCCUGUCGGCGCGGGGGCGGCCAGUCUGAUGGCGGCGGACACGGGCAAGCGGCUGGCGGUGGACGAACUCCUCUCCUUCACCGAGGAACUCGAGGGCGCGCUCCGCUCCAGCAACGACCGCGACGCCAGCGCGCAGGUCGGCGCCGGCGCGCGGAUGCUGCUCUCCGCCUGCCGAUCCGAUUCCGACGACCUCCAGCUGCAGAUGAAAGAACACCAGGAAAAAAUAAGUUCCUGUAAGGAAAAGAUAGAGAAAGCAAAAGCUGAAACCAUUACUGAUGAAGAACUGAAUGCACUGCAAAACAAGAUGGAAGAAAAACUACAGGAAGAGAAACAGCUUCGCCAAGAAUUAAGAGUGUUGCGUGAUGAGCUUGAUAACCUAGACCGUCAAAGAACUUCGAUAGAAGAAAGAAAGGAUGCUAUCAAGAAGAAAAAUAAAGACAUGCAGAAGGCAGAACGCACGCUUUCCAUGUGUGUAUCAGUUACAAACAUCAUGCCAAAUUUGGAAGACCAAGAAAAGAUUUCUGGCUACAUUGUGGACAGGAGUGGGAAGAAGAUAGAGAAGUUCGAGUUUGACAAGACGACACCACCGGUCGAGAUCUGCGACAAGCUCUGGAAGAAGAUCUAGAGCGCGCAGACCACCAUUGUUGUAAGACGGCGAAGACUGCUUCUGUAUAUUGUCAGCUCGCCAUGUUGUUUAAAUCAUUAGUGUUUGUGACAUUGUUGUGUUCUUCCAGUUAACCAUUCAGAUUAGCUCCUAGUUUGUGCUCGAUGGACACUACUAGAUCUUCACCAGACAUUAGCUGGAGAAGCAAGCCAUGUUUGAAUAAGUUGUAGAGCUGUUAGUAAUUUUUUGUUAAAAUAGUGUGUCUUCUUUUAAGAGAAAUUGCUUCUAGUU